CGGGGAGAUUCAGACAUCUCAGGAAGAUGAAACUUCCUGUUCAGGAUAUUUGGCUGUGCCCUGUACAUUUUUCAUCCCACUGGAUUCUUGUGAUUGUCAGCAUCCCCACCAAGACCCUGGUUUUGAUUGAUCCCAUUGGGAAUGAGAAGUCUUAUGAAAGACGAGUUCUCCGUAACUGGAGAAACUUCCGAAAGCUGGCUGAGAUAUGCGACGGUCCGUGGAGGGUGGAAACUCUAGAACACCACAACCAACAGGACUCCAGCAGUUGCGGUGUUUUGGUGUUGAAGUUUGCAGAGCACUUCUUGUUGUGUGGGUUAAUCGGUGGGGUGCUGACCACAGCUGAAGCUGUACUGCUGUACAGGCAACUGAUUGCCUGCACCCUUCUAGAACAUCAGGGAGUGUAAUUCAUUCAGUCCAAGAGAUAAGUGUCUUCAGGAAUCAGCAGUGAGUCCAUGAGCUAAUAUUAAAAAAUGGAGAGCCGUGAUCUGGACACAGAUAAUGCGACCCCACCCUCAGAAAAGCAUGAACUCCAGAGAAAGAGCUCAGACUCGCCAGAACCCAGCUGUGUCUCCAUGAGGAGUGAUUGGUCUAUGAUUCGUCCUUUGGACUUUAACAGUGGAAACCCCUCAUCUGUACACAGUAAACUCCAGAUGAAGAGAUCAGACUCACCAGAACCCAGCUGUGUCUCCAUGAAGAGUGAUCGGUCUAUGAUUCAUCCUUUGGAAUUUAACAGCGGAAACCCCUCAUCUGUACACAAUGUUUUACAGAACGCAGGAGACAGAAUAGAAAAGAUCUUCCUCACAGAUACAGGACACGCCCCAGAAUCUGCUGCUGGAAAUGAAGUCCAGAAAAAGUUCAAAUUAAAUCUGAUGAAGAAGUUUCAGUGUUUAAAUGGAGUGAUAAUAAAGCAGGAAAACCGAGUGCUCCUGAAUGAGAUCUACACAGAGCUCUACAUCACAGAGGGAGACAGUGGAGACGUCAAUAAAGAACAUGAGGUGAGACGGAUCAAGGCAGCAUCCAGGAGAAAAACAACAGAGGAAACACCAAUCAAAUGCAAUGACAUCUUUAAGCCCUUAUCUGAAGAAGACAAACCCAUCAGAACUGUAGUGACAAAGGGAGUGGCUGGUAUCGGAAAAACAGUCUCUGUGCAGAAGUUCAUUGUGGACUGGGCUGAAGGGAAAGCGAAUCAGGAUGUCCACCUCAUAUUUCCACUUCCUUUCAGAGAGCUGAAUCUGAUGGAGGACCAAAAACUGAGUCUGAUGGAGCUCCUUCAUGUCUGUUUCAAGGAACACAAAGAAACAGAAAUGUCCAGGUUGGAAAAGGUUCUGUUCAUUUUUGAUGGAUUGGACGAGUGUCGUUUCCCUCUGGAUUUCCGGAACACAGUGAGAGUGUGUGAUGUAACUGAAUCAGUAUCAGUGCAUGUGCUGCUGAUAAACCUGAUCAAAGGGAAUCUGCUUCCCUCUGCUCUCAUCUGGAUCACCUCCCGACCAGCAGCAGCUGAUCAAAUCCCCUCUGAGUAUGUCCAUCGAGUCACAGAGGUACGAGGGUUCAAUGACCCACAGAAGGAGGAGUACUUCAGGAAGAGGGUCAGUGAUCAGAGCCUGGCUGAGAACAUCAUCUCACACCUGAAGUCAUUAAGAAGCCUCUACAUCAUGUGUCACAUCCCAGUCUUCUGCUGGAUUUCUGCCGCUGUUCUAGAGAGAAUGUUGGAUGAAGCAGAGAGUGGAGAGAUCCCCAAGACUCUGACUCAAAUGUACACACACUUCCUCAUCAUUCAGACAAACAUCAUCAGAGGAAAGUACUCAAAGAAGCAGGAGAGUGAUGAAGAAAUGCUUCUCAAACUGGGAAAACUGGCUUUUCAGCAGCUGAAGAAAGGCAACCUGAUGUUCUAUGAGGAAGAUCUGCAAGAGUGUUGCAUUGAUGUGAGAGAAGCAGCAGUGUACUCAGGUGUGUGUACACAGAUCUUCAGAGAGGAGGUUGGGCUUCAUCAGAGUAAAGUGUACUGCUUUGUUCAUCUGAGCGUUCAGGAGCAUCUCGCAGCUCUAUAUGUGCAUCUGACCUUCAUGAAGGAAAAGAGAAAUGUUCUUGAUCAGGAUGAGUUCAGUUAUUUGUAUUUUCGGUCCUUUCAGACAGUUUCAGAUGUACACAGGGGUGCUGUAGAUCAGACCUUAAAAAGUCAGACAGGACAUCUGGAUCUGUUCCUCCGCUUUCUUCUGGGUCUCUCACUGGAGUCCAAUCAGGAACUCUUACGUGCCUUAGUAACACAGACAGGAAGUAGCUUCAAGACAGGAAAGAAGAAAACAGUUCAGUACAUUAAGGAGAGGAUCAGUGAAAAUCUUCCUGCAGAAAAAUCCAUCAAUCUGUUCCACUGUCUGAAUGAACUGGGUGACGAUUCUCUAGUGGAGGAAAUCCAACGCUACCUGAAAUCUGGAAAACAAAGUGAACUCUCUCCUUCACAGUGGUCUGCUCUGGUGUUUGUGUUACUGACUUCAGCACAGGAGCUGGAGGAGUUUGACCUGAGUAAAUAUACCAGUACAGAGAAGAUACCAGAUUGGGUUCUUGUGAAGGUGAUGCCUGUGAUUGCAGCAUCCAGAAAAGCAAUAAUCACUUGUGAUACAAUUAAAUGGAGAAGCGCUGAAGCUCUGAUCUCAGUGCUCAACUCAGAAGCCUCCAGUCUGAGAGAACUGCAUCUGACUGUGAAGACACUGGAUCUGACUGGGAAUAAACUGGAAGAUUCAGGAGUGAAGCGUCUCUGUGCUCUACUGGAGAAUCCUCACUGUAAAGUGGAGACACUGAAGUUGUGUGGUUGUGGUGUCUCAGAUGAAGGCUGUGCUGCUCUGAGUUCAGCUCUGAGAUCAAACCCCUCACACCUGAGAGAACUGGAUCUGACUAAUAAUAAUCUGGGAGACUCGGGAGUGAAACGUCUCUGUGCUGUACUGGAGAAUCCUCACUGUAAACUGGAGUCACUGGGGUUGUGGGGUUGUGGUGUCUCAGAUGAAGGCUGUGCUGCUCUGAGUUCAGCUCUGAGAUCAAACCCCUCACACCUGAGAGAACUGGAUCUGAAUAAUAAUAAUCUGGGAGACUCGGGAGUGACGCGUCUCUGUGCUGUACUGGAGAAUCCUCACUGUAAACUGGAGACACUGGGGUUGUGUGGUUGUGGUGUCUCAGAUGAAGGCUGUGCUGCUCUGAGUUCAGCUCUGAGAUCAAACCCCUCACACCUGAGAUACCUGGAUGUGUCCUACAAUUAUAAUCUUGGAGACUCAGGAGUGAAGCGUCUCUGUGCUGUACUGGAGAAUCCUCACUGUAAACUGGAGACACUGGGGUAAGAUCAUCUCUCUGAGAGUCACAUGACCUGCUCCUCAGUAAGACACAUUCUCUAAUAGUGAGACUGAAGCAGAGGUUUUAGGUUCAUCAUCAGUGUCCUGAGGAGGAAGAUUGUUUCUGUUCACUGCACACUGAUGAUUUGUCACAGAGUCUUUGGGUCAGAUGGACGUAUGUGAGAAGCUGCAGCACAAUACGGGACUUGAUCCGACUGCAAUGUGUCUGAAAUCACUGUGAAAUUUACUACAACACUGUAACUAAUCCCACAAACUGCACCUGAGACUCAAACUAACUGCCCUCAGACAAAGAGUCAAGUCAAGUCAACUUUAUUGUCAAAUAUGAUAUACAUGCUCGACAUACAGUACAGAUGAAAUUUCAGUCCUCUCUGACCCACGGUGCAAACAGGCAAUGCAUUAAAUAAAAAUAGAAUAAUUGAAAAAAACAAACAAUAUAAACAGUAUAAACACUAGAUAGGAACUAGACAUAGACUAAACAUUCAGACAAACAAUAUAAACAGUAUAAAUAAACAGUAUAAACAUUAGAAACUGUGUGAGCUGCAGGGUUUAAAAGCAGUAGUGACAUGGUGGAAAUGAUCCCAGGAAUAUAGAGUUUAAAAACUAAAAUGAGAUGGUAAUGCCAUAGAACUGAUGCAGAAAAAAAUAAAUAGAUUAAAAAUGACUUUUAAAUAAAAAUUGAAAAAGAGGAGAAAAGAACUUCCAAUAAACUGAAAGCCACAGCAACAAUCCUUGUGUUGAUUUAGAAUUUUUAUAAUAAUAAUAAUAAUAAUAAUAAAUGUUAAAAUAGUAAAUAAUGUUCCAGUCCAUCUCUGUCAGUGGUGAUUGCUUUAAGACGACACUGGAAGCCCAGCUUCCCCUCACAUUUCAUUAAAAUGCAGCAAUGAAACGUUUCCCAAAGUCUCUAUUUUAUUCAUCAGUCUUGGUGUCGUUCAGUAUUUGAGUGAAUCAGAUUGAUGGAGUAUCUCACUGCAAUA